CCAAACAUUCCACCUAGCAGGUCGAACCAGUUACAGGUAGACAGACUGCCAUCAGCAACCAGAGGGAGGGAAUGUGAACACACACACUCUCCAACACACACAGGCUGACUACGGGGAUGGUUGAGGAGUGACCGAUCAAGACAGCAGCCAAGAAAGACAAACUGGACCUGACUUGAGCCUCAUCUCUCUCUCCCUCUCUCUUUCUCUACCUCCUUUCUUCUCUCUGUCCUGUCCCAGCAGUAUGCGGGCUGUGUCUGCGCUAGUGUUCCUGGCCGUGGGUGUGAUGGUGGUGUUGAUGUACCAGGCGGUCCGCCAGGAGCUGACUCUGCGGGGUCUUAAAGCCCGCGCUCUGGAGAGCUCCUCUCAGGUCAAGCAGAAGGAGAACGACAUCGUCCAGGUCAAGAUGAAGAUCCAGAAGCUGAAUGGUGAGCUGGAGCCCAUCAACACCAAGAGAGAGGAGCUGACUAAGAAGAAGGAGCAGUCUGCUAAAGACACAGGCGAGGCGGACAAGAGUCUAAAGACCUGUCAUACAGAGAAGGCCGAUGCGGAGAAAAAGAAGACUGAGGCGUCGGCGGCCCUUCAGAAAGUUAAAGAUGAUCAAGAAGCACAGAAGAAGAAAGCUCAGGAGGAGAUCCAGGCGUUGAAACAGCAGAUUCUGGAGCGGGACAAAGCACUGUGUGCCUUUGUGGACCAGACCAAUGAGGAAGGACGGAAGCUGUGUGGAAUCACAGAGGCCCCAAAAUGAAGACUUGGACUAGACUAUCAGCCUCCAUCCCUCCCUCAUGCUUGCCGUGAUGCACACACACCUAUACACAUCAUCGUUGUGCAGCUCAUAACAUUCCCCACCUACAACCACCUUCACUUCACUGUACCUCUCAAUACUCAGGAAAAUAAAAAACAAGAAGGGUUUGGAAAACCCAGUCUGAAUGUCAUGUCUUCAUUACAUACAGUACACUGUUAGUUUAUGUAUGCAGGUAAGGAAGGGAGACAUUACAUUUUUUAAUUAGUGAGUUUCAUCCUUUGGUACAGUACAUUAAUGUAGGAAUGACUGAAAGAGGUUAGGGCUAAUUCCCUCAGAGAUGGAGCAAGGUGUCUCUGAGGUGACUUCUGAAUGUUGCAAAGGUUCUAGAGAAGAGCUCUAAAGAAGUGUGCAGGUGCAUGCCCAUCUGGUUCAAUUGUCUAUUAAAUAUUUAUUAUGCAUUGAUGUAUGAUUGACCUAUAUAGUGUAUAGAUUUAUGAUGGACCUUUAUUGCAUUUGGGUGUGGUGUGCGUAAACCAGAGUAUAACAUUGCCCUGUGUGGGUAAUGGGAAAAUUUCAGAUGAAUAAAGUGAAUAUCCAGUUCACAGUAAUUAACACAAUGAUUAGCAUAUUUACAUGUUUUCCCUUUCUAUAAUACACAUGAUUUCCAAUGUUCUAUUUGUGAGACUUACUUUUGUAUGGGUUGAUGGUCACUAGACCUGAGCUACUGAAGGUACAAGGACCGAGAACACACAGAUUAUUAUUCUAUUGAUGACAUUAUGAACACUGAGUGAUUCUGUAGCAGCCGGCAAAGUCACUGUCUUUGUAUUGACUCCAAGCCCCUCUGGCUGAUAUUUUAGAGAACAUUUUGUACUGUCUGAUUAGAAUAUGAAGGUUCUGUCUCCAAGAGCCCCGUUGGACAUUUUCUAUGCUUCUGUUCUGGAGGUGUCUCCCUGAAUGAUUGUAUUAAACUGGAUCGAUCUGAUUGAUAUUA